GCGGGGUGGCCUGAGCGCGUGGGUCGCGGGUCAGGUCAAGGGGUCGAAAGUCCGGCUCGUGAUCCAGGAUCCAAGCAGGCCGAGGAGCAGAAGCAUGGCGUCGUCGGGGUCGGUGCUGCAGCUGCGGCUGGUACUGCUGAUGCUGUUGCUGGCGGGCGCGGCGCGGGCCAGCCUGUACUUCCGCCCGGGCCAGACCUGCUACCGGCCCCUUCGCGGGGAUCAGCUGGCCCAGCUGGGGCGCAGGACUUAUCCUCGGCCGCACGAGUACCUGUCCCCAUCGGACAUCCCCAAGAGCUGGGACUGGAGAAAUGUGGACGGUGUCAACUACGUCAGCGUCACCAGGAACCAGCACAUCCCACAGUACUGUGGCUCCUGCUGGGCCCACGGGAGCACCAGCGCCAUGGCAGACCGCAUCAACAUCAAGAGGAAAGGCGCGUGGCCCUCCACCCUGCUUUCGGUGCAGAACGUCAUCGACUGUGGCAACGCUGGCUCCUGUGAAGGCGGCAAUGACCUUCCAGUGUGGGCCUAUGCCCAUAAGCAUGGCAUCCCCGAUGAGACCUGCAACAACUACCAGGCCAAAGACCAAGAGUGUGACAAGUUUAACCAGUGUGGGACCUGCUCCGAAUUCAAAGUGUGCCAACCCAUCCAGAAUUACACCCUCUGGAGAGUGGGUGACUAUGGCUCCCUGUCGGGUAGGGAGAAGAUGAUGGCAGAGAUCUACACCAACGGUCCCAUCAGCUGCGGGAUAAUGGCGACGGAGAAGAUGGUGAACUACACUGGCGGCAUCUAUGCCGAGCACCAAGACCAGACAUUUAUCAACCACAUCAUCUCCGUAGCUGGCUGGGGCAUCAGCAGUGAUGGGAUCGAGUACUGGAUUGUCCGUAAUUCAUGGGGCGAACCCUGGGGUGAAAGGGGCUGGAUGAGGAUUGUAACCAGCACCUACAAGGGAGGCACGGGUGGCAGCUAUAACCUGGCCAUCGAGGAGGCCUGCACAUACGGGGACCCCAUUGUUUAAGUAGCCGUCUCUGGAGGCAACGGUGGAAACCAUGGCAGGGAUGGGUGAUUAUCAACACCGGACACGGGACAGCUAGAAACGUUGCUGUGGCCAUGAGGGGCAGAGUGUGGGCUGCAGAAGCCACCCCGAGAAGAGAUGGUAAAGGAGGAACCACACCUCAUCGUGGCCCUCAGGACCAGAGCCCUGCUCAGCUACCUGGAGAAGACAGUGUAGAGCAGUUCUGAGGUCACCCUGGAAUCCUCGGGUGGGGAGGACAAUCCCAGACUGCCUCAGCGGUAAAUAAAGCAUCUAGCCCACCCGA